UAAAAGCUAAAGUAAAUGGGACAAAAGCAGGCUGAUGGAUUAGUUGAUUUAUUGAAUUACAGAAGUGAUAAAGAAAAUGAUUAUUUUUUUGUUAUGGAUAAUGUAUGCAUUUCAGCAAUAAGAAAUCUGAACUUUAAAAUUUCUAGUUCAUUGUCUUUCACAGAAAAAAAGCAUGCAUAUAAAAUCAAUAUAUAUAAAAACAUGACAUCAUCUUCUCCUGCAAAUGCAUCUUCGUCAGGAACAACAAAAGUUGACUGUACGCGUGCAAGUCAAAGUGUUUGGUUAGUCAAGGUUCCAAAGUAUCUCGCAGAGGUGUGGGACAGAGCUGAUGCAACUGGCAUAGUUGGAAGUUUGCGUAUUCCACUGAAUACAGCUCCAAACAAUGUUUCGUUUCAUUUGGCAAGCAACCUAAUAAAUGCUGGUACAUUAAAAGACACAGCAAUACCCCAACAACAUAAAUUUAUUAUGUCUGAUGUACAUCAGUCGAUGGCGAUUUUUUCUGAAACUCCACCAGAUGAAGAUGACAAUACUGAUCAAAAAGCACGGGACAAGGUAGCAUUUGAAGGAAAGAUUGCAAAACGAGCUGAUUGUCGUCCUAUUGAAAACAAGAACUAUAUGAUGAUGAAAAGGAAAGCCAUUGAAAAAGCAUGUCGACCAGUACGUCAAGCAAAACAGAUCACAAGCGUUGUAACAGCUUUUAAACCCAUCAGUGGUCACCAAAUCAAUGUGAAACAAGAGAAGAUACAAAAAGAAGCUGGUAAACGUGUUCGCGAUGAUCCUGAAGUUGUGCGUGAAAAAUUGUAUAAAGCUUUUGAAAAGCAUCAAUAUUAUACAUUGAAAGAUCUUGUCGGUAUCACUGAACAGCCAGUGGUUCAUCUAAAGGCUAUCCUUCGGGACGUUUGCAACUACAAUGUAAAAAACCCACAUAAAAAUACUUACGAGUUGAAACCGGAAUACCGACAUUACAAAACGGAGGAAACAAGCUCAACUUAAUUUUGCAGAAAGCUUUGGUAUUUAUGCUAUGAAGUUGAACAAUAAAGUAUUAUUCAUCCAAUUAAUUUAAGGAGUUCCGUGCCAGAGUAUAACUAUUGUGUCCCGUGUUGACAAAAAAAACAAAGAUGGACGAUCCAAACAACGCGAUGAAAUGAACUCGCUUCAAGAUAAAUAAAUUUUUUUAAUUUUUUUUUUUAAAUUCCUUUACCUCGAAAACUAGUACCAAAAAAACAAAGUAUUGCUUUCUUCAUGACAGUUUCUCACAACUUUUAUAUAAUCGCAGCAAAUGAAAUGAGUGAAUAGUAAAAUAUCUAUUCAGACAAAACAACUAAGCUAUCCGGACAAAACAAAUAAGGUAUCCGGACAAUAUAGUAUUCGGAAGUUCAUUGACCUUAUGUACUACGAUAUUGUUUCAAGUAAGAUGUGCAUAGCAUUAUUAUUAUUAUUAUUAUUAUUAUUAUUAUUAUUAUUACUAUUAUUUACCCAGGAUAGCCUCUUCAGUUCCUAUUGGUACAUAUAUAUAUAUAUAGCGCAUUUAAAGCUCCCAUUUGAGUUACGAAAGUCGUGGAAGCACAGCAAUCGCUCAACUAGACAACCGCCUAAGAUAUAAAUCCUAUUCUCAUGCUGAGCGCUAAGCAGAAAGGAUAGAUUCACACUUUUAUAUUCUCUGGCAUGACUCGGCCGGCGUUUGAACCCAAGACCUCCCGCACUGAAAGCGAACGCUCUACCACAAGGCUAUCAGACGGCUAUCAGUCAUGUAUGGCCAUUACGAUAUAUGAAUUAAAAUGACGUGAUUAUUUUUAUUUUUUAUGACACGGAAUAUUUUAUGAUCUGAAAUUUUCAAUUCAACAA